ACAAAAUCUAUCAAAACUAUGGAUCCUAAAAUCGAAGCUAUUCCCAAUGUUGGCAGCCCCCACGAAAUUGACGCCACUUGUUGCGUACAGUCAUCUGCUGUACCCUUCAACUCCGGGGCCGAGUCUACACUCGGCUGCCACUUGGCUCGUCGCCUAGUGCAGAUCGGCAUCUCUGACAUUUUCUCUAUACCAGGCGACUUCAACCUAACUUUGCUGGAUCAUCUCAUAGCUGAGCCCGGCCUCAACCUCAUUGGUUGUUGCAACGAGCUGAAUGCAGGAUACGCUGCGGAUGGGUACGCUAGGUCCCGCGGCGUUGGUGCAUGUGUGGUCACCUUUACUGUUGGUGGACUUAGCGUACUCAACGCCAUAGCCGGCGCAUACAGUGAGAAUCUUCCGGUGAUAUGUAUCGUCGGUGGACCGCAUUCGAACGAUUACGGUACCAAUAGAAUUCUUCAUCAUACGAUUGGAUUGCCGGAUUUCAGCCAGGAGCUUCGUUGCUUUCAGACAGUCACUUGCUAUCAAGCUGUGGUGAAUAACUUGGAUGAUGCACCUGAGCUGAUCGACACCGCUAUCUCGACUGCUCUGAAAGAGAGCAAGCCUGUUUACAUUAGCAUAAGCUGCAAUUUGCCUGCAAUUCCUCAUCCUAUGUUUAGCCAAGAACCAAUUCCAUUUUCUUUAUCCCCAAAGCUGAGUAAUAAGAUGGGACUGGAAGCAGCUGUUGAGGCUGCAGCAGAGUUCUUGAACAGAGCAGUAAAGCCGGUAAUGGUGGGAGGACCUACACUACGCGUUUCACACGCAUGCCAUGCGUUUGUUGAAUUGGCAGACGCUUCUGGCUAUGCCCUUGCAGUAACACCAGCAGGAAAAGGGCUAGUUCCCGAGCACCAUCCUCACUUCAUAGGGACGUACUGGGGUGCUCUAAGCACAUCAUUCUGUGCAGAAAUAAUUGAAUCAGCCGAUGCUCACAUCUUUGUUGGCCCUGUAUUUAACGAUUUAAGCUCUGUAGGCUACUCUCUCCUAUUCAAGAAAGAGCAAGCACUGAUAGUUCACCCCAAUCGGGUCAUAGUUGGAAAUGGGCCCACUUUUGGUUGUAUCCUUAUGAAGGAUUUCUUGCUAGCUCUAGCCAAAAGGCUUAAGAAAAACACUACUGCAUAUGAAAAUUACAAUAGGAUUUUUGUCCCUCAAGGGCAUCCUCUUAAAGGGGCUCCUAGGGAGCCAUUGAGGGUUAAUGUUCUGUUUGAACACAUACAAAAGAUGUUGUCUAAUGACACCACUAUAAUUGCUGAAACAGGAGAUUCCUGGUUCAAUUGCCAGAAACUAAAACUGCCACAAGGAUGUGGAUAUGAAAUCCAGUUGCAAUACGGGUCCAUUGGGUGGUCAGUUGGUGCUACUCUUGGGUAUGCACAGGCUGCUGCUGAUAAGAGAGUGAUAGCCUGCAUUGGCGAUGGCAGUUUUCAAGUUACAGCCCAAGAUGUGUCCACAAUGUUGGGAUGUGGACAAAAUUCUAUAAUCUUCCUAAUAAAUAAUGGUGGUUACUCCACCGAAGUAGAAAUACAUGAUGGGCCAUACAAUGUGAUCAAGAACUGGAACUACAUUGGAUUGGUUGAUGCAAUCCACAAUGGCGAGGGCAAGUGUUGGACUACAAAGGUGAUUUGUGAAGAAGAUCUAGCUGAAGCAAUAGAGACUGCAACGGGAGCUAAAGAGAAUUGUUUGUGCUUUAUUGAAGUGAUAACUCACAAGGAUGAUACGAGCAAAGAAUUGCUCUUGUUGGGUUCAAGGCUUUCGGCUGCUAAUGGUCGUCCUUCAAGUUAGAAUAUAUAAACUCGAUUAUAUUUCAUAUUUAUUAUGUAUAUUAUGUAAACAUAACUCUAUUAUACUUUUGUAUAAGUAUGUGUAUCGAAUAUAUGUAUAGGGACAUGUCGGCUAAGACAUACCGGUUAAAAUGGUGGUUACUCCCGCCAAAAAUAACCACCGGAAAUAACUGUCCCUCACAAUAUGUAUAUAAACAAUUUGCCGGGAUCAAUAACCGGUACCAA